CGGGAGUAGAAGUCUCAUAACAAACACACCUGCAGGCGCAGCGUCCGCGCGCACACCGUUGUUUGCUCUCGUCUCUUCAUCGCGGUCAGACUGUUCAUCACACAGCAGGGUGAGAUCCAGUGUGAUUACAGUAUGCCGAACCACAAACGCAGCCCCCCAGGGUACCGCCCCAGUGGUGGCAAACACCACAGCAGCAGACACCGGCACAGUGAGCCCAUGUCCAACCCCACCUUUUCCUACUACCCAGGAGAUAAAAAGCUUGACUUCUACCGCUGGACUUCCCCACCUGGUGUCAUGAAGAUAUUGUGUAUCAUCAUCAUCAUCAUGUGUGUUGCUGUGUUUGCCUGCGUGGCCUCCACACUGGUCUGGGACUACGAUAUGGGCCUCAUGGGUAUGGGAGGUGGAGCUGGCAUGUUGCCAGGUUAUGGUGGCUCAUAUGGGAGUAGUGGCUCCGGUGGUUCAUAUGGCAGCGGUGGUUCAUAUGGCAGCGGUGGUUCAUAUGGCAGCGGUGGUUCAUUUGGAAGUGGCUAUGGAGGAGGUAGUGGCGGCUCCAGUAGCUAUGGACAAACACAAAUGGACCCCAAAGCUGGAAAAGCCUUCCUCAUCGCCAUCUCUGCAAUCACCUUCAUAGCCGUGCUUAUAAUAUUUGUGCUGGUCAUUUCAAGGCAAAAUGCUGCCCGCUCACCAAAGUUUUACCUAGCAACCAUCAUCAUCUGUGCCAUCUUGGCAUUUCUCAUGAUCAUCGCCACAAUUGUGUACCUUGUGGCCGUGAACCCAACAGCCCAGUCCACAGGAUCUGUGGCCUAUAGCCAGAUCCGCCAACUGUGUGCCCAGUACCAGAACCAGGAACAGGCCCAAGGCAUCUUCCUCAACCAGUACCUCUACCAUUACUGUGUGGUGGAGCCCCAAGAGGCCAUAGCUAUCGUCCUGGGCUUCCUGGUGUUUGUUGGUCUCAUCAUCCUGCUGGUGUUUGCAGUCAAGGCUCGCUCCAUGAUCAGGCGCUGGGGCCCGGAUCGCAUUCUCUGGGAGGAAGUGAAGAUGGUCAAUAAUGGUCUGCACAACAGCGUUGGGGAGUGGGUGAAGAAUGUGUCUGGUGACCCAGAGGUGCCGUUGAAUGACCACAAUCCCAAAGUCAGGGGGUCCAGAGACUAUCUGGACCAGCUGGACCAAAACAAGCCUCUUUACUUGCCAGGAGACUCAGACAUCAGCAGUUCUGUAGGUGGCCUGAAGCCCAGGAUGAAGGACUAUGACACUGGAGUGGAGUCCGGAGACGACCUGGAGGAUGAGGACUUCUAUGUUUUGUUUCCUUCUAUCGUGGAUGAGCAAGAACGUCUAAACUACAAACGAGAAUUUGACCAGCAGCACCAGGAGUACAAGAGCCUGCAGGCUGAGCUGGACAGCAUAAACCAGGACUUGGCUGAGCUUGACCUAGCUCUGAACCAACACCCUGAGGGCAGUCCACAGUUCCUGGAUGCCAUGGACCAAUACACCAGACUGAAGAAUCUCAAGAAGUCCUCUGGCUACCAGAUCAAGAAGAAGAGAUGUAAAUAUCUCAGAUUAAAAUUGUCACACAUCAAGAGGAAGAUCAGCGAAUAUGACCGCCGGCCUUGAACCUCCACCUCUGAACCUGCUGUUCAGCUGAAAGGACACAUCUAAAAUCACUCCCCCCACCCCCCACUAUGUUUUUUUUUUCAAUUACAGAAAGGGUGAAGGACAUUUUUAUUUUGUUUACCAUUUUGUUUAAUCAAUUAUUGAACAUCUGUGAGUUUCAUUAUAAACUAUUUAGCUGUAUGAAAUGUAUCUAUUUUGUUUUAAAAGUUAGAGAUGUGAGAUUACAUGUUUUUGUGUAAGUAGCAGACUUAAAACUUGAGCAGUUGUUUUGGGUCUUUUUAUAACCUUUUUAAUGUUUUUAAAAACAUGUUUGACACUGUAAUAUACAAUAAAGGCACAGCUAAGAUGAGCUUCUUUAACUUUAGCUUAUUUAAUUUUUUUAACUUUUCAUGGUGGAUGUUAAAAGUAAAAGUGUAACUUAAUGAUUCAUGAUGGCUUAGUUCACUUAAGGUAUGCCACAAAUGUUUAUCUUAAUUUUUCCUUUUAUUAUUAUAACAUUUUCAAAAUCCAAUAAAACCCUUCCUGCCUUGCCGGCUGGAAAGCUUUGGGACUCGCGCCCCCCACCGGCAGAAACGGGAACUCUCUUCAACGGCUUCAUAUCAGCAUCUCUCGGACAACAAAUAAUAAUAAACCCCAAAAGUCA